GGCGUCUCCCGCCGCCUCCAGAGAGCCCCGUCACUCCGACAGACAUGUUCCGUGCCUUGUGUCUCCUUAUCGCGGUUGCCGCGGUGCGCGCCUGCAAACCCUGUACAUGCGGGGUGGCGCGAGGUGCUCGUGUGGUGGGAGGCGGCGCGGUGUCUCCGGGCGAGCUGCCAUGGCUGGCAGCUCUCAAGAGGGACGGCAAGGUCAUCUGCGGCGCUACAGUCGUCGCCAGGGAUCAUCUCAUCACGGCUACACAUUGCAUCUUCGAAGUGGAGGCGUCUCGAUUAUCAGUGCUGGUGGGAGAGUAUGAUGUAAACAAUUCCCAGCAGGACGGCAUCCCGGUGUCGCAUGUCACACAGCACCCUGACUUCAAUAGAUUCACCUAUGACAACGAUAUCGCUGUACUCCGGCUAGCUGAACCCAUACCUGAACAUCUGUAUAGAUCCGCUUGUUUGCCUGACUUUGACGAUGACAACCGGCUGGAGGGCGUAGAGGCGAUAGUGUCUGGCUGGGGCAGCACUAUCGAAAAAGGUCCACCUUCUAGCAUCCCUAUGAAGGCGGAGGUGAACAUAUGGGCUCAAGAGGAGUGUUCAGGCGCGGGCUACGGGCGGCGCAAGGUGACGCCGCGCAUGCUCUGCGCCAACGCGCCCGAGCGGGACUCCUGCACCGGGGACUCCGGCGGGCCCCUGCUGCUCACCAGACCGCAUUAUACUAUUGUUGGUAUAGUUUCGUGGGGGCGCGGGUGCGCGCGGCAAGGCUACCCGGGCGUGUACGCGCGCGUCGCCAAGUUCCUGCCGUGGCUGAAGGUGGCGCUGCGACACGCCUGCAUGUGUCACACACCUAAUUAAUGACGGAAACUAACGAGGCUAGACAGAGAGGACAAAUUACUCUUAGGAGGCUAGAGAGAGAGAGAAGGACAAAUAUACAACUCUGGUCGCAAGUGAUUGCUGCUAUUGCAUGUGAUACACUAUGAUUAGAGGUUGUCUAUGGUGCAUAGUUCAACAUUAAUUAACCUAUAUUAUGUCUACAAAUGUUUACCAUAACAGUUUAGUGAUAAAAUCGCUAUUUGAGUUACCUAUAACUGAUUUCCUAAAGAGAUAUUAAGAUCUAAAAUAGUAGAUGCUAUGAUCUUUAAUUCAACAGUAAUUUACAUAUGGAUUACAGUUAUUAAUUUAAAGUGUGAGGCUUAACGUAAAAUGAGGCAACUCAUAAAGAUUGCAAAGUUAUUUUUUUACAAUGUAAUGUACAGUUAAAACAAGUAUGACCCUUUCAACUUUUACGACAGGGUCAUGGCCAUAGUGACCUUAAAUGCCCCUAUACAUUCAUAAAUCUACAUACUUUAGUUGAUGUGGCUUGUCAGCAUUACUUAGCUAUAACUUCAAUUAAUUGCAUUUUAAAAUAUAAUUUUAAAUUUAUGCACGGUUCACACUUGGCCAAUACAGUUAAUUAGUAGUACUAAAUAAGUCGACUGUCAAUCAACUGGCACAAUUUAAACGCUAACUGGCACCACUGAGUCCAGACAAUCUAUGACUGGCUGUCGCAACUGUUCUGUACUGUACUGGCCAAGUGUGAAGCAAGCAUUAUGUGUGUGCACUGGCCUUUAUACGACAAAAAUUACAUAAAAAAAUUGUAGCGCGCAUUCGUUCAUGUAAAAAUAUUGCUUGAGUAACAAAACAAAUCGCAUUAUAUUACUUAAUUUAUUUAUCAGUAUUAUGUAGAAUUAUGUAAUGUCAAGCUUUUUAACAUUAUGCAUAGUUAAGUAUUAGUUGUACUAUUUAAAUGUUAAGUAAAAUGGCUGUGAUUAAAUGUAAUUAAAAUAAUC